CCAUGGGGCUGCUGACGAUCCUGAAGAAGAUGCGGGAGAAGGAGCGGGAGCUGAGGCUGCUCGUGCUCGGAUUGGACAACGCGGGGAAGACGACGCUGCUGAAGCGGUUCAAUGGGGAGGACGUGACCGGGACCGCCCCUACCCUGGGCUUCAACAUCAAGACCCUGGAGCACCGCGGGUUCAAGCUGAACGUGUGGGACGUUGGGGGGCAGAGCUCGCUCCGCUCCUAUUGGCGCAACUACUUCGAGAGCACGGACGGGCUCGUGUGGGUCGUGGACAGCGGCGACCGGCAGCGCCUGCAGCUCUGUGCCAGGGAGCUGAGGGGGCUCCUGAGAGAGGAGGUGGGGGGGGGGGCACGGGAGCGGCCCCGCCCCGCCUCGAUGCUCUCCGGGCGGCACGCACGCAACGUGCGCUCCCAUUGGCUGAGCCGAGAGACGGAGGGGGCGGGGCUAAACCCGCCGGCCUAUAUAAAGGGGAGCAGGCGGCGCCGCGGCCUCUUUGCGCCGCCGCGGAGCUGA